UCAGUGUGUGGUGGACCUGUGUAGUGAGAUGACCGGAGACGUUUUAACGCUAGACGGCAUGUGUUUUUAAAUGCUUUUAAAGUUUUGUUAUUUUUAGUUCAAAACAGAUCUCAAUGGAGCGUCACAUAGUUUUAGGUGUUUGUUUAUUACUGAUCGUGGUCCAGCUGAACCCGGCAGCGUCACAAAUCAGCCAGCCAGAAUCGACAUUUACUCAACCUCCGUCCGUUGCCGACAGUGGCGACAACUUCGUCCAAACAGAUGACUUCGGCCAAGACUCGGAGCCACCGGACACCUCGCCAGCUCCACCACCACCGAAUGACGAAACAUCGCCUGUGGAUGUAUAUACACCUGAGUGGGAUGGGUCCUCGAUUAGUGAGACGGACGACUCCUACUUGGCAAAUCUGCAAACGGAAGAUGCCACGACGUUAACAUUAGGAGGCGGUGCCAGAGAAGGCUAUUUUACCACAAACUCCGUCGUUUUAUUACCUCUUCCGAUCAAUCUCCGUGGGUACACUUCCAUCAGCUUUCGUACCUGUUUGUUUGGUACUCUGCUGUCGCAGAGUGGGUCUGGGGGCGACGCUUUGUCUUUAGCUGUUAAUGAGGAAGGCAGUUUGGUGCUGAAGCUCAACCAUCGCGACCAAGAAACCAUCACUACUCUCGGAAAGGGACUGAAUGACAACGCUUGGCACAGAGCAUAUCUCAGGUUUGAGCUUGGAAUUCUAACACUAGGUGUGGACCAGGACAAUGUAGUUAUUGCAAACACGACGAGUAAUAGUUCGUCUUUGAUCGACCUCGGGCUCUUGUCUCCCGAGCCACGCUUAAGGAUCGGUGCCAAUUUCACCGGUUGCAUCCUGCAGGGAGCUGGAACCGAACUCACCACCUCCCUCAUUAAACAUUCUGGCGUCGACUGGAAUAACUGUCCGUUACCUGAUGGCACAGACUGCAGUGGCUAUGAUGAAGAUCAGUGCUUCUCUCAACCAUGCGGACGCCAUGGUGUGUGCACUUCGACGCCAGAGGGUCCUAUGUGUACCUGCUACACUAGGUACUCGGGAAAAAACUGUGAAGCAGAUUCAGGACCUCUGUGCCAUCGCCCUGAUUUCCAGUGUCUGAAUCAGGGUAUGUGUCAAGAAGAUCGGCUGGGUAAUUCAACAUACUGUGCCUGUCCAGUUGGGUUCACAGGGCCCAUUUGUGAAAUUCAGAUUGAUGAAUCCUUUUGUGACAAUGACGACAAUCCCUGCAGAAAUAAUGCGACUUGUACAGUGAAUUCAUUUGGUGAUAUUUAUGAGUGCCAAUGUCAGCCUGGCUUCAGUGGUGAGCACUGUGAAAUAAAUGAUGAUAAUUGCAUAUCUCAACCUUGCUGGCACGGCGGCAUCUGCAUUGAUCAAGUGAACAGUUUUGAAUGUGACUGUGAAGGCACAGGGUAUGACGGGGAUAUCUGCGAAACAAACAUUGAUGAAUGCUUACUACUGAAUCCAUGCACAAAUGGAGCGACUUGUUUUGAUCUCUAUGGUGACUAUGAGUGUGCCUGUACCCCUGGGUAUUCUGGGAAGCACUGUGAAGUAGAAGUGCAGGAAUGUUCCUCAAACCCUUGUCAGAAUGGUGGUUCAUGUACAGACCUUAAGAAUGGAUAUAGGUGCUCUUGUAUCCUUGGAUUUGAAGGAGAUAACUGUGAACAUAAUAUAGAUGAUUGCUUUAAUGUGACAUGUCCUGAGAACGCGCAAGCAGUCGAUUUCAUCAAUGAAUGUAUGUGCCGCUGCAAGCCAGGAUUUUCAGGCUUUCCUCCAGAUUGCAUAGAAAUAGAUGAAUGCAACUCCUCCCCUUGCUUAAAUGGAGGGAUUUGUUAUGAUGCAGAGAAUGCAUACACAUGCAGUUGCCCUCGGGGCUAUUCAGGUGUAAAUUGUGAAAUUAACAACGAUGAUUGCAGCCCAAACCCUUGUCACAAUGGUGGAACAUGUGAAGAUGGGAUUGACAGCCAUGUGUGCACAUGUUCCCCUGGUUUUUUUGGAGAUUACUGUGAAGAAAAUCUUGAUGAAUGCUCUUUAAAUGUGUGCAAGAAUUUUGUUACAUGCAAUGAUCUGACUGGGGAUUAUGAAUGUGUGUGUCUGGAAGGUUGGACAGGAAAGAACUGUGACACAGAAAUCAAUGAAUGUGCUUCAUCUCCUUGUCAAAAUGGAGCAACUUGCCAAGAUGGUCUUAAUAGAUUUACUUGUAUUUGCCCUGCAGGAUAUACAGGGGAACUAUGUUCAUCAGACAUUGAUGACUGUGUGGAAAACCCAUGUUUAAAUGGAGGUUUGUGUGUUGACGGUAUCAACAACUACACAUGUGACUGCUUGGAUGCAUUUAUGGGAAGGAAUUGUGAAGAGGAAUAUGAUGGUUGUGCGUCGAACCCAUGUCAAAAUGCUGCUACUUGUACUUACAACAGAGAUAUUCAGGAUUAUUCUUGUGAAUGUGUUCUAGGUUUUGAAGGCCAACAUUGCCAGAAUAAUAUCAAUGAUUGUGUGGGUGUAGAAUGUUCACUUGGAAGUGUGUGUGUUGACUUGGUUAAUGACCAUGAAUGCCGUUGCCCUGCUGGUUUUACUGGAGAAAAUUGUACAGAAAAUGUUGAUGAAUGUGAAAGCAGUCCCUGUCUCAACAAUGGUGAAUGCCUUGAUGGUUUGGCAAAUUACAGCUGUAUUUGUCCUGCUGGCUAUACUGGGUACAAUUGUGAAGAGGAUAUAGAUGAGUGUGAAAUCUUAAAGCCCUGUGUCAAUGGCAUCUGUCAAAAUGUCAAUGGCUCUUAUCAGUGCUACUGCCAACCUGGGUACUCAGGAGAUCACUGCAACUUGGAGUUUGAUGAAUGCCUCUCUUAUCCUUGUCACAAUGGUGGUCAUUGCAUUAAUGAAAUCAAUGGAUAUAAGUGUGUCUGUGAACCAGGUUUCACUGGAACUGACUGUGACAUAGAUAUUGAUGAAUGUGCAAGUGACCCAUGUCAGAAUAAUGCAACAUGUUAUGAUGAUAUAGCAAAUUUCACUUGUGAGUGUUUGCCUGGCUUCACAGAUCUGCUGUGCUCUACAAAUAUUGAUGAGUGUGAGUCAGAACCUUGUAUGAAUGGUGGUGCAUGCACUGAUGGAAUCAACAACUACACCUGUAAUUGUGAUGACACCGGCUUUAAAGGAGAUCAGUGUGAAAUUAAUAUUGAUGAUUGUGAAUCAUCACCUUGCCAGCAUGGUUCUACCUGCUCAGAUUUGAUAAAGGAUUAUAUUUGCCAGUGUUAUGAUGGCUAUGAAGGGAAAAACUGUGAAAAUGAUAUCCUAGAAUGCCAGACUUUCCCUUGUCAAAAUGAAGCGACAUGUCUUGAGCGUAGCAAUUUAACUCUUUAUGAGAUUAAUAUAUUCUCCAAUUUCUCUUAUGAAAGUGCUGGGGGCUUUGUUUGUGAAUGUGUUCCAGGAUUUACAGGAGAUUAUUGUGAGAUAAAUAUCGAUGAGUGUGCCAGUGACCCUUGUAUUAAUGGCAACUGCAUCGAUGGAAUAAAUGCCUACACUUGUGAGUGUUCCCCUGGUUAUGAAGGCAGUAACUGUGAAACUGAAAUCGAUGAGUGCGAUCGUUUUCAGCCUUGUGUUUAUGGCUCCUGUGUAGAUAAGGUUGCCGAUUAUGACUGUGAAUGUGACGAUGGAUAUGGAGGAAAGAACUGUUCUGUUGAGUUGAUUGGUUGUAAUAAUCGGGAGUGCAUGAAUGGUGGCUUCUGUGAAGCUCUACUGCACAAUGAAACUGUACAUGAUUACAAAUGUCACUGUGAACAUGGUUUCACAGGACGUAACUGUGAAAAAUCAACAACCAUGUCAUUUUCUGGCAAAUCUUAUGUUGGUAUUAAUUCAAAGAGGGAAGAAGGUUAUGAUCUCUCAUUCCGAUUCCGAACUACAUUACCCAGUGGUGUCCUGGCUGUUGUGCAAGGAAAAACAUAUGCUAUACUGCAGCUUUUGAAUGGACAGCUAAAUCUGUACUCGCCUAUUUUACAAGAAUUACCAGAAUAUUCUGGUGAUGGCAGAUUAGAUGGUAUCUAUACUGGCUCACACCUUAAUGAUGGUCAAUGGCAGGAAGUAAGAAUGACAAUCAAUGAGAGUCAUGUACUCUUAGCUGCCAAUGAUCAGGAAACCGUGGUUCCUGGUAAUCCAUCCCAGACCAUUGAAAGUUCUGUUACAGUUUUAGGAGGUGCAACAUCAACAUUGGCUAUUCUAUUAAAUGGAGCUCCAUUCUUUACUGGUUGUAUUGAAGAUGUUUUUGUUGAUGGGAGUGUUAUAAUACCAAGUGAUCAACCCUCUCCAAUGAAGAUAGCAGUGGAAGAGGGAUGUCCUCGUGAGGAGCAGUGCUCUCCCAAUCCUUGCAUGAAUGAUGGAGAGUGCAAAGAUAUGUGGACUAGUUUCUUGUGUAACUGUCAGAGGCCAUAUCUUGGAGAUACCUGUGAACUAAGAGGAGCAACCUGGGAGGCAUCACUUUGCUUUACUCCAGCUACCUUUGGCAAUGAAGAUAUACUGGACAGUUUGGUAACUGUGAUUAUCCCAGAAGUGGACCAUGCAACAUACAGGACACAUGCAGAUGUGUCAAUGCUUGUACGCACCAGAGAACCAGAUGGUCUGAUAUUUUAUUUAGGAACACCACUUGAUACAGAUAUUCCAGGGAUGCAAGAUAAGCACCUGCUUGCUCAGCUUGUUGGAGGAGAUCUAGUUCUUCGUGUUUUGCUUGAUGGACCUGAGGAAAGAUUCAACAUCUCCAAUGUUGUGAUAACUGAUGGAGAUCCUCAUUUGCUCCAUGUUAAAAGAAUCAAUAAUGAAGUUGAAGUGUAUGUGGACAAUGGGCAAGUUUUGAACUCAUCACUGUUGUAUGGAGGAAAUCUUGAUGCUCAGGUGCUAUACUUAGGUGGUGUCCCUGAUAACUACCACUCACGAUUUAAAAGACAGCUGGGGGUUUCAAACUUUACCACAACUGUUACUCGGAUUCAUUUUAAGGGGAUUCUUCAAGAUAUUAGGCUAAGUAAUGGAACAGAAACGCGUUUAGUUCAGCCUUUUCCUCUUGAAAAUGUUAGUUCUGAUCUUCUGCCUGGAUUGGAUUUGGAGCCAGCAGAUGUUCAUGGUGUUUUAGAAGGAGUAGUUAGUGAUGAUACAUGCAUCCAUGACCCAUGUCAAAAUGGUGCCACAUGUUCAGUUACUUGGAAUGACUUCAACUGCACGUGCACAUUUGGAUUCAAAGGCAAGACUUGUGAAGACAGAGAAUACUGUGCACUCUAUCAGUGUCCAGCUGGGUCAGAGUGUAUCAAUUUGGAUGAUGGGUAUGAGUGUGCGGCAAAUCUUACGCUAAAUGGAGUUGACUCAUCACUUUCAUUUUCACCUGACUUUACAGAUCCUCCUGCACAGAUAAACGAUGUCUCAAUAAACUACCGGAGCCAGGUUGGAGGUGUAGUCUUCUCAGCUAGAGCUGUGAGUGGCCUUGUAUGGAUUGGCAUGACCCAAAGCUCUGUAGUAGUUCACCAAGAAAGUGGUUUAAUUACAAAAAUGUCUUACUUCACCUCUAAUGUUACAUUAGAUGGUAACUGGCAUAUGUUACAUGUUACGUUUACCCCAUCAGGAUUACAGGUUACACUGGGAAACGUAAGCCUUCUUGGAACAGACAGUGCCGUGAUUGUGGAUUUUGCCUCUAUAAUAACCAAUGGUCAGGUACAACUUGGUUCCUCUCAUACUUUACCUACAUCUCUGAGUUUGUUGGACCCAUCACUUGUUAUAUCAACAGCUACACCAGAAAAUGCAAUAGUCCCAGAACAGCCACAUGUACCUCAGGUUUUCAGAGGGUGUGUUGGAGAGAUUAGAAUUCAAGGAAUCCUAAUGCCAUACUUUUCUGAAGCUGAACUCAUUAAUAAUACUGCUGCUAAUACUUUCAGGCUUGAGGAGCAAAAUAACCUUGCAAUUGGUUGCACAGUAUGUUUCAACCACGAAUGUCUCAAUGAUGGAUUCUGUGCAGAUCCUUCUGAAAUUUACACCUGCUCUUGCCUCCUUGGAUUUGAAGGAGAGCAAUGUCAGAUAAAUAUUGAUGAAUGCAUGGGAAAUACUUGCACAAAUGGAGCUACCUGUGUCGAUGGAAUCAAUCAAUAUACAUGUUCAUGUAUGCCAGGAUAUACUGGCCAACACUGUGAAGAAGACAUUGAUGAAUGUGCUUCUUCUCCAUGCAAGAAUGGUGGAAUCUGCCUUGACGAGAUAGCACUGUUUGUUUGCCAGUGUCCAGAGGAUUUCAUUGGAUCUACAUGUGAAGAACUUAAGAUCAAAAACUGUUCGAAUAACAUGUGUAAAAAUGGAGCAACAUGCAGUGAUGUUUACAAUCCUCUAACAGGAGUUGCUGACAAUUAUAACUGCACCUGCCCAUUUGGUUAUUCAGGAGUCAAUUGUGAUGAAAUUGAAGAUUUUUGUACUCGUAGAUCAAUCAUGUGUGAUCAUGGAUUAUGCACUCACACUUUCCACGGAGAGGGAUGGGAGUGCAAAUGUAAUGAAGGCUGGGAAGGGACAUUGUGUGAGGAACCAACAAACGAAUGUAUUCCGAAUCCAUGCCACAAUGGAGGAACAUGUCUUGAUUCCCACUUGAGUUUUACUUGCAAGUGCCCACCUCAGUGGAAUGGAACUACCUGUGAAGAGGAUGUUGAUGAAUGUGAGCAAGAGACCUGUGAUAAUGGUGGGACAUGCAUUAAUAAACCAGGAUUCUUCACAUGUGCAUGCAGCGAUAACUAUUGUGGACAACACUGCAGGCUCCCCAAUCCCUGUCAAUCAUACAACUGUAGUAAUGAUGGUCAGUGCAUGUCACUGUGUGAUGAAACUUUACCAGCUCAUCAAAAUAGGACAAGAGCAUUCUGCGAGUGUCCUGAUGGCUGGGGUGGUGAACACUGUCUUGAUGAGGUCUUCCCAUCUGAUGUUGAUCUUGCUAUCAUUGUUGGAUGUGUGGUUGGAUUAAUGUUGAUUAGUGCCAUUGUUGGUUUGACAGUAUUCCUAAUGAUGGCUAAGAAGAAGAGGCAAACACGAGGAACAUACUCUCCAAGCAGACAGAUAUCAGCAGAUUAAGGCACGUAUAAAAUGAAGGAAUUCUACAGUCCCAGAGUUGAGAUGGGGAACAUAAUGAAGCCACCACCUGAAGAACGUCUCAUAUGAGCAGCAGCUCAACGCCAAAGUCAUUGGUAAAUUGCUCAUUAAAGCUGAACUAAAAAUCCCCUACUGUUCUCACGAGUCAAUGCAAUGAAGAGAAUGGCAUAGGGUUUUGCAGAUACUGCAUCACAUCACCAGUCAGUAAAAGUUUGUUAAUACUGUAUUUAUACAAAAAGCAAUUCUUACAAUAAAGACAACAGCAAAAAACUGGGGAGAAGAACCAGUUUAGGGUAUAUAUUCUAAUUAUACAUUCAUAAUGUUGGAAUACAUAUACCCAUACCUAUACUUUCAAAGUAUUGAAAAAAAUGUCUUCCAAGAAUACUGUAUUAACUGGUUAAGUAGCUUAUUUGUGAUAAGCAACUUGGGUAUCAAACUAAUAUUUAUCCACCGAUAAAAAUAAGAGGCUAGAGUUAAAACUAAAGCAGUGCUGUGGUGAGUUAUAUUACAUGAAAGAGUGGAGUAAGAUUCAGAUUUCAAAUACAGCAUAACUAACAAGUGCAGUAUUUUGCAUUGCAUAGAAGAGGGAUUUUUAUUCUGAAGUUAUGAAUUGAAACAGUUGACCUAACUGUAACGUGUGGAUGUGCAAAAGUGUAAAUGAUUUUGUAAAUAUAAAAACUUUGUAGAUAAGUUGUUUUACAGAUAGGAUAUUUUAUUUCUUUCAUAAACCGAGUUGUUUCUAAGUGUAAUGCAGGCAUUAAAAAAGUAAGCUCAAUAACUCAAAUUGGAUGUUUUAGCUUAACUAUGGGGCAACAAAAUGUUUGGGAAAGUUUCAACUGCAUCCAUCUUUGGAGAGGUCAGUUGUGUUGUACUAAUGAAGAGACCUUUACAGUAGAUGUUUUAUUACUCUGAAGAAAAUUUACAGAAAUGAUUGAAGGUGCUUGACAUAUUUUUGCAGUGUUUCUUCCCAGGUUUCUUGUGUACAUACUUUUGAUGAUAAAAUGUUAAGUGAAAUCUGUGAAAGGUAAGGUCAACACAAAAAUGAUUGUACUACCAAUUUCAUUGUCACUUAACCUUUUGUGUACCAACAUUCACUUGACACAAGAAAUAGCAGAAUUGCCACAUUACUUUGCACCAAAUAGGUCAGAAACUACUUAUGUAAAUUAAAAUUAUCCAGUUAGCUUUAGAGCUAUUUGAAUCUCACUAAUACACAGAGUGUACUUACCUUUCCCUACCAAUACACGAGCUGUAACUAGUAUGAGUUCAAUGUAACAAUUCCUCUGUGAUAAAAGUCCAUCCAAACCCUUAUUGGAAAUAUCAGUGCCUUUUUAAAAUAUUCCAAUAUUUUCACUGCCAUCUUUGUAUGAUGGGGCAGUCAGUGGUCUAAGAUGUCAGUGAUGUGUAGUGUAUUAUAUCUCAGGAAAUAAUCUGUAACAUGAAAUAUUGAAUUAAUUUUCAGUAAGAGUUACUAAGUACAUUAUUUCAAGGAUGCACUUUCCAUAUUUUCAAAACCUUCUUGGUCUCUUCCAUACAUUCCAUCAUUUUCCAAUUUUAAAUCAUAUCAUUUUUACAGUUAAUUGAAGUUAAAAAAAUAACAUUAAUACCAACAAAUAGUACAUCAAGGUCACUUAUCAACCUGGUUUCUGAAUUAUACAUACUUUGCAAUAUAAAAUGAAGUCAGAUUGUAUACCCUAAGGUUUGUGGGACCAUGUCAACUUAUAUACAGCUUGUAUAUUUUAUUAUUGUUAUAUUAGGGUAAACCUGAUAUGUUAAAUCAUGUUAUUUUAUCCAGUACCUUUGUAUAAUAUUGUAAAUGUCCAAUUUAAUUAUUUAAAUAAAAAAAUUUUAAAU